AGAGAGAGAGGGAGCAGGAAGGGUAGGAAGGGCAGAGGGUAAAGGGGGGAUCGGGAACGGGGUUUUUUGGAUUUGCCCCCACCUGCCACCUCUCUACCAUGGACUGUCUCUGCAUCGUUACCACAAAGAAGUACAGGUAUCAGGAUGAGGAGACUCCGCCCCUGGAGCACAGCCCCGCCCACCUGGCCCACAGUAAAAGCGCCGAGAUGCUUCACAUGAGCGACAAGAACCUGUCAGGGAUGGACAGCAUGCACGGCUACGCCCCCCACACACACAUCUCUCCAGCCAAGCCGGUGUUGCUUUCGGCGGGUCACACCCCCCUCUACACCUCCGCCGUCUCCACCCUGGCGAACUCUCCUCCAGUGGUAGUAAAUACAGAUACACUGGAUGGUUCACCGUAUGUGAACGGGACGGAGGGUGAGAUCGAGUAUGAAGAGAUCACGUUGGAGCGAGGGAACUCAGGUUUGGGGUUCAGUAUAGCCGGCGGUACAGACAAUCCUCACGUUGGAGACGAUCCGAGUAUCUUCAUCACCAAGAUCAUCCCGGGCGGAGCAGCAGCUCAGGACGGGAGACUGAGGGUGAACGACAGCAUCCUGUUCGUGAACGACGCCGACGUGAGAGAGGUCAGCCACAGUCAGGCGGUGGAGGCUCUGAAGGAGGCCGGAGCUAUCGUCCGCCUGUACGUCCUGCGCCGGAAACCCAUAACCGAGAAGGUCACCGAGAUGAAACUCAUCAAAGGACCCAAAGGUUUGGGGUUCAGUAUAGCGGGCGGAGUCGGUAAUCAGCACAUUCCGGGUGAUAACAGCAUCUACGUCACCAAAAUUAUAGAAGGAGGGGCGGCGCAUAAAGACGGACGACUGCAGAUCGGAGACAAAAUACUGGCGGUGAAUAACGUGUGUUUAGAGGACGUGAUGCAUGAGGACGCCGUCGGGGCGCUGAAGAACACGGCGGACAUCGUUUACCUCAGAGUGGCCAAACCCAACAACCUUUACCUUACACACACCAACAGCUACAACCCUCCCGACCUCACCAGCACGUACUCCUCGCAUAUGGACACAGAUCUGGGCCACCCCAACUACCUGGGCUCCGAUUACCCACAAGCCCUCACGCCCACCUCGCCCAGCCGCUUCUCCCCGGUGCUGCACAGCCUGCUGGGAGACGAUGACGUGCCCAGAGAUCCGAGGAGGGUUCUGAUCCACAGAGGAUCCACAGGUUUAGGCUUUAAUAUAGUGGGAGGUGAGGAUGGUGAGGGAAUCUUCAUCUCCUUCAUCCUGGCUGGAGGUCCUGCAGAUCUGAGCGGUGAACUGCGCAAAGGAGACCAGAUACUGAGCGUAAACGGGGUGGAUUUGAGAGCUGCUACACAUGAACAAGCUGCAGCAGCAUUAAAGAACGCAGGACAAACCGUAACCAUCAUCGCCCAGUACAGACCCGAGGAGUACAGUCGGUUCGAGGCUAAGAUUCAUGAUCUGAGGGAGCAGCUGAUGAACAGCAGUCUGGGAUCCGGAACCACCACGCUGAGGAGUAACCCCAAACGAGGGUUCUACAUCAGAGCUCUGUACGAUUACGAUAAGACGGCCGACGGCGGCUUCCUCACCCAGGCGGUGAGCUUUAGGUUCGGUGACAUCCUUCAUGUCCUGGACUGCAGCGAUGAGGAAUGGUGGCAGGCGCGGAGGGUCAGUCCACAGGGAGACAACGAGGACAUCGGUUUUAUUCCCAGCAAGAGAAGGGUGGAGAGGAAAGAGUGGUCACGCUUAAAGUCUCAAGAUCGGGAUCGAAGUCGAGACAGUUUGGGAUCACAAGGAAGAGAAGAGUCGGCGAACAGUUACGAGACUGUAACACAAGUAGAAGUCCACUACGCGAGACCCAUCAUUAUUCUCGGGCCGGUGAAGGACCGGGUGAACGAUGAUCUGCUCUCAGAGUUUCCAGACAAGUUUGGUUCCUGUGUUCCUCAUACGACGCGGCCGAAGCGUGAGUACGAGGUGGACGGGCGUGAUUAUCACUUCGUGUCCUCGCGGGAGCAGAUGGAGAAGGACAUCCAGAGCCACCGCUUCAUCGAGGCGGGGCAGUACAACAGCCAUCUAUACGGGACCAGCGUACAGAGCGUACGGGAGGUGGCUGAACAGCAGGGUAAACACUGCAUCCUGGACGUCUCGGCGAACGCUAUACGCAGACUUCAGGCCGCGCAGCUUCAUCCCAUCGCCGUCUUCGUCCGGCCCAAAUCCCUGGAGAACGUCCUGGAGAUUAACACUCGACUGACAGAGGAACAGGCGCGGAAAGGGUUCGACCGGGCCGUUAAACUGGAGCAGGACUUCCUGGAGUGUUUCUCAGCGGUGGUGGAGGGGGACAGUUUUGAGGAGGUCUACCACAAGGUGAAGACGGUGAUCGAGGAGCAGUCGGGUCCCUUCAUCUGGAUUCCCACCAGGGAGCGCCUGUGAGGAGGUGAAGAGAGGCGAGAGCGAGACGGGCGGAGUCGGGAUGGUGUGGAAAAGCACAGAUUGAAGUCCACACGUCCCUCAGAUCUCCUCCUCCGUCCUCGUCCUCCUCUGGUUGGUGUGUCUUCACCUCCUGGUCUCCUCUCUCUCUCUCUCUGCUGCUCUUUUUAAUAAUGAACUGAAUUAUAACCCAGAAACGGGCGACACUAAACACUCGGUCUGUUCGUCCGGCUGUUUUUUACUCCGCCGGACCUCCUUCCUUCUUCAGAACUGAGAAUCAGAAGUGAAGAAGAUCAAAGCGGAGGACGGGCGUGGCCGGCGACGAGACUUUUAUUUAAUAACGAACUGUACUAUGGUAAAUCUGCGCUAUUAGAUGUACUGUGAAGUUCUCGAGGACCGGCGUCAUUAUAAACCACAGAACUGCUGAUAGAGGACAAGCAAGAUUCUGCAUGCGUCCAUAAA